AUGAACGAGCUAUCGUUGUGUUCGCGAGUCGUCUGUCUCUCGCGGCACUAUAUUCCUUAUUUCAGUUUGCAGCCACUUUCUAGGCCGAAGAACUCAUUAGCAAGUACCUUUUCGAGGAGGACCUCACGAGGCGUGCAGACAUCACAGCAUUCAAUACCAGCUGCAUACUGGCGGGGAGGCACAUCACGAGCAGUCAUCUUCCACCGCAGGGAUUUGCCGGUCGACGAGAGCGAAUGGCCUUUCAUUUUCCUACGUGUAUUAGGAUCUCCUGACAAAUAUCAUCGACAAAUCGACGGCCUUGGAGCCGGCAUCUCCAGCCUCUCGAAAGUAUGCAUUGUUUCACCAAGCACCCAUCUCUCGGCGGACAUUGAUUACACGUUUGCUGCUGUUGGUAUCACCUCUGAUGAUGUCGACUUUUCCGGCAACUGCGGCAACAUAAUGUCAGUCAUUGGACCAUAUGCCUACAACCACAGACUUGUACCUCCCGCCUCUAAAUCAAGUGUGACAGUUCGCAUUCGCAAUACUAACACAAGUAAGAUCAUCCACAGCACUUUUCCCGUAACCGAUGACAGGAUAGAGGCAGCAACAGGAGGUGAUUAUUCUAUCGCCGGCGUGCCUGGCACUGGAGCGGAGAUCAGCCUAUCAUUCCAGGACCCUGCAGGCUCGAAGACUGGGGCUCUGCUACCAAGUGGAAAUGCAAUCGACAAGCUUGACGGCAUAGAUGCAACUUGCGUGGAUGCCGCGAAUCCCUGCAUCUUCGCCGAAGCAGCUGAUCUCGGGGUUGGUGGGACGGAGCUGCUAGACGAGAUUUCUGGUAAUCUCCCGUUGCUCCAGCGACUCGAGAAAAUAAGACAUCUGGGCGGACGGGCAAUGGGAAUGUGCCAUGAUACUGAAAACGCGCCAAGGUGCGUGCCGAAGAUUGCUGUCGUGAGCAAACCUGCUACAUACAAGGUGAUGAACGGGAAAGACUUCGAACAGGAUCACGUAGACAUCGUCGCAAGAGUCAUGUCGGAUCGUCAGCCACAUCGGACCAUACCACUUACAGUUGCUGUAUGUAUGGCCGUUGCUGCGACGGUCAGGGGCAGUAUCGUGGAGGCUCUGGUGGGCCCGAGGAAGGUGAAGGAGGGAGUAUUGACGAUUGGACACCCGAGCGGAACCAUCGAAGUCGGGGUUGAGAAAGACGAAGCCGGCAACGUGCUUAAUGCCAACGUGAAGAGGACAGCACGGUCACUCAUGGAGGGAGUGGUCUACUACUGA